UGGGAUGUAUAAAAGAUCAUAAGUCGCUUGCAGGAUUAGUGCAGUUGGAUUCUUCGUCGUGUGCAGUGCUGUUACAUCAUGUUUAUCAAGGAUUUUUUUCAGAUUGUGACAAUUGCCUCGCUGGUGGCGUACUCGCAAGCAGGUCUUGUUCCAGCAAUUUCUACUCAUGGUGUGGCUCUAGGGCCGGCUCUAGCUCCUGCUCUAGCCCCAGCUCCUGCUCUAUACGGCCCUUCAUUCCUGAAAGCCCCAGUAGCGGCUGCUCCUGCGUACGUAAAAGCUGCACCAUCUGUAGAUUACGUGGCUUAUCCUAAAUACGAGUUUAAAUAUGGCGUCGCGGACGGCCAUACUGGCGACCAAAAAACUCAAACUGAAGUCCGUGAUGGUGAUGUGGUCAAGGGUUCAUAUUCGUUGGUAGAACCCGAUGGUACCAUUAGAACCGUUCAUUACACCGCCGAUGAUCAUAAUGGGUUCAACGCUGUGGUGUCUAGAGCAGGCCAUGCCGUCCAUCCUGCAACUCCCAUCGCAGUGGCGCCAAAAGUCCUUGCAGCUCCUGCUGUAGCAGCGCCGGUUUAUGGACACGCAGUAGCGGCGCCUGUUUAUGGGCAUGCAGUGGCGGCGCCGUAUGCUCUGGGAGGAUACUUCAAAGGAUACAUUGAACCCAUUGUGGUCAUCAGCGGUGUAAUGGACGGUUCUGAUCGUACCAUCGGGUUCUACCAACGAGUAGGACCCUUUGACAACAUCACCAUCGCGGACUUCGUGUUGAGUCUUAUGGUCACCAGUGUGGCCAUCGGCGACGCCAUAUUUAAAUUCACUUUCGAUAUUACGAUAUCUCACAUAGUCCAGAGUGUUACGAUUCUCAUUGUUAGUGAACGUUUUAGGCAAAGUAUAAAAGCGGGACCAGCCGGUUCCAGCUUCAGUAUCAAAUUGGUUCUCGCUUCAUCACUUUCAGACAUGUUCGCUAAGGUAGUUGCCAUUUCGGCCUUGCUUGCCGUCUCCAACGCUCUUAUCUCCGACGUCUUGCACGGACACGCCACCUCUUACAGCAGCGGCCACUUCGCCGCCCCCGUGCUCGCACACGCCGCCCCCGUCAUUGCUCACGCCGCCCCUGUUAUCACACACGCCGCCCCCGCCCACGGACACGCCGUCGACUACUACGCUUAUCCCAAAUACGAAUUCAACUACGGAGUCAAGGAUGCUCACACUGGUGACCAGAAGAGUCAGCAUGAGGUUAGAGAUGGGGAUGUAGUUAAAGGUUCAUAUUCCUUGGUUGAGCCUGAUGGUACCAUCCGUACUGUGCAUUACACUGCUGACCACCACAAUGGGUUCAAUGCUGUUGUUGAGAGACAAGGACACGCUGCCCAUCCUGCUGUUUAUGGGAAAGCUGUAGUCGCCGCUCCUGCCUACUAUCACCAUUGAUUAGUGGAUUGACUGUUGAUUGUACUUGUUUCUGAUGGAAAUGUUUUUAUACUUUUACGUAUAUUUAUUUUUAUAAAUAAAGUUUGUACUAUUUUAUAA